AUGUUCGACCACUUAAGUUGGUCACCAUUUCGGCAAGGAUACACCAUGUGGAUCCAUCACGGAGAGUCUUUUGUACGAUCUAGUACUAUCUCCCCUAGUACUACUCCAAGUAUGGUAGAAGAUACUAACAUUGUCGAAGAACCUAUUCAGAACAUGAUCAAUGAUGCAUUUGGAGUUUAUGGGAAUCAUGCAAAUGAAAUACCAUCUGCGUCAAAUUUGGAGAUUAAACAAGAAGAUUAUGUGAUGCCAAGCUCAACUCAGGAAAGAAACGAAGCCAAGGAGUAUUAUGAGUUGGCUAGAGAAGGAGAACAACCUUUAUAUGAAGGGUGUAGACGAUAUUCAAGACUAUCUUUUUUGGUUAAGUUGUACCAUAUAAAGUGUUUAUGUGGAUUGAGUGAGAAGGCAAUGACAAUGAUUUUAGAGUUAAUAAAAGAUGCAUUUGAAUAUGCAAACAUUCCAAGUUCAUUCUAUGAAGCCAAGAAAUCAAUCACAAAACUUGGUUUGAAUUAUGUAAAGAUACCCGCAUGUCCAAACGGUUGGUUGGGUUCACUUUCUGGGUGGAACACAUACACAGGACUUGCUUGCCCAUCGUGUAACUUUCAAACUACACCUCUCCGUCUUAAAGCUAGUCGUAAAUGGUGUUUUAUGGGUCAUCGUCGUUUCCUUGAUCGGAGACACAGGUUUAGAUUGAACAAGAUCCGCUUUAAUGGUGAACAAGAAAUGCGGAGUCCACCGAGAACAUUAUCUGGACAUGAAGUUUUUGAAAAGGUUAAAGAUGUUGAAGUCAUCUUUGGUAAAAAGGCAGUGAAAGAAAAAUCAGUAAAAAGAACACGUGAGGAACAACCUAUAGAAGGUGAUAGUACACAAUGUGAUCCUACAAAAGAAGUUAAACUUGGAGGUCCUGUUCAUUAUCGAUGGAUGUAUCCUGUUGAAAGGUACUUGGGAAAACAUAAAUCGUAUGUACGUAAUAAGGCAAAACCAGAAGGGUCUAUUGUAGAAGGAUACCGUUUUGAAGAGAUUCUUACAUUUUGUUCAAGAUAUCUAGAAAAUAUUGAGACUAGAUGGAAUCAACCUGGACGUGUAGAUGACGACCCUAUUGAUGAUAUCCAAACUGCUUCACGUGUAGCUGAAUUAUUUCCUAGAGUUGGAAAACCUGUGGGUGGAUCUUCUUAUUACACCCUAACACCAACUGAAAAAUUGCAGGCUCAUAGACACAUUUUAACAAACUGUCCAAUAGUUGACGACUAUCUAAAGCAGUUCCGAAGUUUUACUCAAAACCAAAUGAGGCGCAGUCAAAGAAGUGCUACAGAGAUAGACAAGAAGGGUCAUAAGGAGUUUGCGCAUUGGUUCAGCAAUCGUAUUCGCAACAAUCUUGACAACAUUCAUGGGCCAGAUAAAGAUGUUCUCAUUAGUAUUUCUCAUGGACCUUUUGAUAAAGUUAAAAGAUUUACCGCGUUCAAUGUCAAUGGAUUCAAGUUUCGAACGUUGGAACGAGAAAAUCUUUAA